AUGCAAAUAAAUUUUCUAAAAUAGUAAGAUGAUGCCAUAUAUAAUCAAAAUUAAUAUGGGUUAGAGCUUUAAAAUGUUGGAGUUUAUCCAACCACACCCAUUAGUGAAAAAAAAUAGAGACUAUCAGUCGCUUUGUUGCAUACAAAAAGAAAAGUUACUGCUCUAGAAUCGAUGACAUUCCAAAAAGUAGGUGGUAGUAGUACAAGCUUAAAACCUUCUAGUACUGGAAACUAAUCCUAUCAAUCAAGUAUUUUCUCUGAUGACUAGUUUCAAGAUGCAUAAUCCUAGUUUGGGAAUUAUGGAGAUAAUUUUAGUAGCGUAGGAGGCUAUCAAUAGAAAUCAUCUAAAAAAAAUAGUUAAGAUUAGUAGGAAUAUGAUAAAGAUUCAAAUUAUUCUUCAAGCGAUUCUGAUGAAAGUUUUGUUACAGCUCAAUCAGGUUCACCAGAUAUUCAUUAUGAACGCAUAAAAUAAGAAUUUUUUAGUAAUAUUUCGAAAAAAUCCAAAAGUGUUCUGACAAGUCCGAACUUAAAAAAGUUACCACAAAGUAGUACAGAAUAAAAGGUUACAGCAGCUGAUUUAUAUAAUAAUCAAGAAUUUGAAUUCAGUCUUAAUAGCCAAUAGAAAAACACAAGAGAUAGCAGAGCUCAAAGUAUUGAGUAAUCUAGUAAGUAAAGGAGAAAAUCAUCUUCAUUAGAUAAUAGUUAUAAAGAUAAGUUUAAUAUAAUGCAGAUUGUGAAAAUAGUUUCAACUGAUUAAAAGUAAUAAGAAGACUUACAUUAAAUAGAAGAAGAGACUUAUUCCAAUUUCUCUUCUUCAAUUUAAAGCAGAAUGUUUUCAAAAGUGAUACCAACAAAUGAAAACUAAGGAGGCUUAGAUGAUAAAUAAUAAAAUAAACAAAUUCUAUGCAGAUCUUCUUGUAUCAACUAAUUUAACAAUGGAAAUAUGACAUUUCAAAGUACAGUGGAUAGUAUCGAUAUUUCUAAUAAACUAAAUUAGAGUUAUCUUAAAGAUGAUAACAGCAGCAGUAUUUUAGGAUUUGAUUAAUCUUAUUAAAAAGUUUCUAAAAAGUAAAAUAAAGAAAAAAAUAGUAAUGUUCCAUAGCUAAGAACGACUUCAAACUACUUAGAUAAUAGGAGAACACUUUAAUGCUUAACACAAUUGUAACUCCCAUUAUCUAUAGAUAAGAAUAAAUAAAUAAAAGAGCAAAAUGCUUAGCUACCAGUUAAUAACUAAUAUCAAAUGAAUAAAUCUUUGAACUAUUAUAGAUAUCAAAAAAAAAAUUCUUCAACACUUGCAACAAAUAGAAUACUUGAAAUAAAAAAAAAUUAUAGAUCACGUAAUUAGGAACAGAAAGCCUUUAAAGAAUUUACUCUAAAUAUCACUUACAUAUUGAGUCAAGAAAUAUAAAAAAACAAAUUUUCGCUAAUUUUAUUUUAAUUUUUAUAAAUUUGGAGCUUUUUUUUGAGAUACUAUUUCUAUUUCUUUAGUCUUUACAUGAUGAUAGCUGAUAGCUCUUAUUCUUAAUAUUUGCUACCUAUGAUUCUGCUACCAAGGAUAUUUUACAUUUUUUCUAUUUAUAAAGUGAUAUUUUCUUACUAAAAUCAUACUAAAAGCUAUCGCUAAGUAAGUCUUAUUUUUAAUAGUGGCUUUGGAUUUGACGAUUAUUUUUAGAUUAUGAAUAUGAACUAAUUGCUUACUUCUGACUCAUUUGAAAAGCUCACCAAAGAAAAAAUUAUUGCACGCUUUUAAUUCAUUCUUUGUCCUUCAGAGCUAAACAUUUUCACUUUAAAUAAAGAUAUUGUUACCUUCUCAAAAAGAAAGGAAUUGUGGUAUCUUUCAAAUUAUAUUCUGAUUUCAAUAGAAUAUAUCAGUAUUUAUAUCAUAAUGAUCUUCUUUUCUAUAUACAACCAUCAGUUUUAAAAAGAAUUUUAGCUAAAAGAAAACUUUUCUUUGAACAUUUUCACUUUCUCAUUUAUUUAUAAUGCUGUGAGUGUUAUCUUUUUCAUUAUAUACAAUCUUUACUACCUUCGUAAAGGAAACCAAAAGUUGAAAAAAGAUAACUUGAAUGUUUACAACAAAAAUAAAAGAUAAACAAAGUGA